UUCAUUUUAUUUCACCACAAAAAUGGUUAUAAUCAAAUAAAUACACAUCCAUAUGUUUAAAACAAGGAUAAGUAAUUUCUCAGAUUAAUGACUAUAAAGUACUAAAAAUACUGACAAGAUAACUAAGAAUAUAACCAAUCCUACUCAAAGAACAAUAGUAGAUCAAGAGAUGACUUCACAUGCCAACUUGGAAGAUGAUUCUGACAUGCUGGAGCUAAAUGAGAAGCGCACUCAAAGCAAGGGAAGCCCAGAAAAUGUUUCAAAACCUGAAGAAGUUAAGCAGAGUUCUUCGGUUAGCAAACCGGCUGGAGUGGUCGUUCGAAAUUUUGACUUAAAUAUGAACCCAGAUGAGAACAUGGUUUUUUUAUCCACACCAGCUCCGGUGCCGACUAGUUCAUCUCCAAAAUCAAUGUCAGAAGAGAAGCAAGAGGAAUACCCUGGAUGGUCCUUGUCUGAUGUGGAAAAAAUGUCCAUUGAUCCCAUACAACUGGCUAACUUGAAUAGAAGGAUUGGUGAAGAUGUGGAAGAUUAUGAUGAAGUCUAGAUAAACCUGUGUUAGUUCAACUAUGACUUCUGUUAUUAAAAUGUUCUGAUGGAGGAUUAGAAUAUAGGGUUUUUUUACUAGUGUUAGACAGAUCCGUAGUGGUUAGCAAGAUUAGGAGGCAUUGAAUACUCUCAUUACUUUACAACCUUAGUUUAGGCUUAAGGUAGAGAUAUUGUUCCAUUUAGAAAUUCUAAUCUAAUGUAGGUGAUGCCUCUCUUAGGCAGUUCCUUCACAAGUAUUUUUCUAUAAGACUUCACCAAGCUUUUGAUAGGUCCUUAAGUUUUUUAUUACUUUCAUUUGUUUGGGCUAGGAACCUAGUUGCAUUUUUUGU